AUGUUGCUCACUGCGGUUGAUGAAGAAGCUAUCACCAGAUCAUUUACGCUGCUCUCAGAUAGAUCACCGUAAGCACUCCCAGUACUCACACAACAUCGAUUUAUGCAAGUUGUGAAAUACCUGACUAAGCCCUUUAUUAGUUUUCACAGUGUUAGUUUUUAAAUUGAAAUAUAAUAGAAUUUCAAGUCAAAAUUAUUUUCAUUUGUUCAAAUCGCCUUUGUCUAAAUUGUCUUUAUUCAUGACAAAAAUUGCGUGCUCGACUAUCUUCAAUAUUAGGAGACUAUCUUAAAUAUCAGGAGAAUUCAAAGGUCGUUGUUAUCUUUGACAACUUCUUCUUUCGUCCAGUGUUUUUAAAUGAUACCAAUGUAAUUGAAGUUCAGAAAUGCCAAAAUCGUAGAACCACAAUCGUAGUGUGAUUGAAGUGUAAUUUGUUGUUGUUGGUUAUUUUCAGUGACUUGUUACAUGAAGUACGUAAUCUUUUGGAUGGCUGCUGUCAUCACUACCAUAAGGCACUAGCUAGGUCAGCGGCCUUCUCUGCUGCCAUAGUAACGCCUUCAAAGGUGAGAAAACAGUAAAUCUAUUUUCUUUCCUUUAUCGUUUGGAAUUGGGAAUAACCAAUAACCCUAUGUCCUAGGUCCUUCGUGUGGACUUGUAACACGUUUACAUACAAAUCCAUGGCUAUCCUAUUGAGGUAGCAAGCUGGUCAAGUCUUUCAUCAAUUGUUAGUUCGUUGUAUAUAUUUGUCAGUAUACUCUAUUACUUUUCUGGAAUUAGAAAAUAUUCUGAACCUUUCAGCGUGUCGUGGAUUAGUCAAGUAGCCUUGAAACAGCCACUGUGUAUAGGUAAUAAUUGUGUUGUUUCUUCAUUACAUUUAGGAGCUCAGUGUUGGUGACAUUGAUCGUUGUAAGGGUUGCAGUCAUCACCUGCUCAAUAUUUGUUAUCAACAGAGAAAGUUCAUAGCACAGUUCUCACAACACAUCACCAGUGCAAGGNCGUAGUGUGAUUGAAGUGUAAUUUGUUGUUGUUGGUUAUUUUCAGUGACUUGUUACAUGAAGUACGUAAUCUUUUGGAUGGCUGCUGUCAUCACUACCAUAAGGCACUAGCUAGGUCAGCGGCCUUCUCUGCUGCCAUAGUAACGCCUUCAAAGGUGAGAAAACAGUAAAUCUAUUUUCUUUCCUUUAUCGUUUGGAAUUGGGAAUAACCAAUAACCCUAUGUCCUAGGUCCUUCGUGUGGACUUGUAACACGUUUACAUACAAAUCCAUGGCUAUCCUAUUGAGGUAGCAAGCUGGUCAAGUCUUUCAUCAAUUGUUAGUUCGUUGUAUAUAUUUGUCAGUAUACUCUAUUACUUUUCUGGAAUUAGAAAAUAUUCUGAACCUUUCAGCGUGUCGUGGAUUAGUCAAGUAGCCUUGAAACAGCCACUGUGUAUAGGUAAUAAUUGUGUUGUUUCUUCAUUACAUUUAGGAGCUCAGUGUUGGUGACAUUGAUCGUUGUAAGGGUUGCAGUCAUCACCUGCUCAAUAUUUGUUAUCAACAGAGAAAGUUCAUAGCACAGUUCUCACAACACAUCACCAGUGCAAGGUAAUUGUUCACAACCUCGACUAACAACGUUAGUAUUUCCAUUGACCCAAGUUCUGAUGUCACGCAUUGUAGAUAUCUAUUUUCAUCUAUUUGCUUUUUAGCGUUUGUCUUAAUCAGCUUGUGGAAAGCGUUGGCGUGGCAGAUGAUGAUAUGGACAAUACACGUACAUCUCUACCUCCUCAAACUAAGCUACAAGAACGAACAGUAAGUCAACAACGAACAACUGUUUAUUUGCUGAGGUUUCUUUUCCUUCUAAACUUGUGCUCCUUAACAACUUAUUCAUUUACCAGCUUUUCUGGACACAGGCCUGCCCAGAGGGAAUGUGCACGAACGGGACUCUGGUGCCAUGCGAGGUGCCAUCCCUACCCAAUCCCACAGCCCGUAAAGGUUGGCAACACCAUUGGGGUCUACAACCCCUACUCUUUUCGAAUAGUGAUGUGGGUUCUUUUACAUCCCACAAGAAAGUGAAAGUGCUGUGAGACGGGACCUACUGUUUUUCGUCCUUAUCCGAGAAGACUAGAAAGUCUAACCAUUUGCAGAUGUCACUACAAAGGCAGCAGUUUCUUCUCAGUUAUUUAAAGACCUUGAGUGUUGGUCCGGCCGGGGUUUGAAUCGGCGACCUCCCGCUCGGCAGAGCGGCGCUCUCCCAACUGAGCUAACAAGGCGGCGGUUUUUCUUCUGACACAAGAAUUUGCUUUUAUAAAAUGAAUCACUUGCCACCGUAGAAAAUUUAGGAACUGGUGUUUCGUGCGCUUAAGCCCUUCGUUAGAGUAAAUCAUUGACGAAGGGCGACAGCUCGAGACUUCAGUUUCUCAAUCCUCCUCCGGUGUCCAGUCUAUCUCUUUUUUUCAGAAAUUGAGUUCUGAUGUGUUGAUGAGCACAAUAUUGGAACCUUUUUUCAUUUCGUAGGUGCGAAUGAUGAGUCUUUUAACCCACACAUCCCAUGUGUUACAGCAUAUGUCCUUACUGAUAAAGUGUUGUCCCAGUGAUGUGUCCCUUCAGGAGUGGACACCUUUGCCGAAGACCGUGCUGUCACCUCUGGCUUUGUCAUCUUCAGAUGAUCCCCUUGUUACAGAUGUCUCUAAGACUCUAGAGGUACGUUUGGUAUUUUCCUAUGAAUAGUGCAUCAGGUGACCUUUGUUCAGUACAGCCAUACGAGAAUAAAAUGAUUAAAUUUUGCAACUAUACUGAACUGCCCUUCAACGUUAGUAAUUCCUUGAAUUUAAUUAAUUAAUUAUUAGCCUUAGGUAAGGGAAUACUUGAUCAAGGAGCUAGAAUGUAGAUGAUAAGAUGCUCGACCAGUUGGUAUAUCCUUCCUUUAGCAGUUUGCAGGGCUCUUUGUAUCGAUCCAUUCUUUGCGGACAAUCUAAGUGCUUUGAAGGCUUGUUUGAACCAGGUUCUAUUGCAGAGCGAUGGAUUGAUGUUUGGUUAAGUUACAGAAUGACAUGUAGUAUAUCCACAUAGUUUAUUUAGUUACUUUACAAUUAGUAUAUUAUCUGUUAUGACUGCUGUAACCUUUCCUCUCCGCCCGCCUCGUCUAGCUUUUGCUAUUUGCGGGUGGAGAUGGCAAAAUGAUGUGCAUGAAAUAAAGUAUAGUGUGUGUGUGUAGUGUGUGUGUAGUAUCUUAUCGAGCGGAAUUAGUCAAGCAUUAACUGGUCAAACGUUGAGUAACUCUCUUAGGACUUAGGAAACAAUUAUCUACCUCAAAUUUAGAAGACUCACAAAAAAACGACUCUGGCUUUCCAAGAAAUUAAAUUCCACGUGGUAAUCAGUUUUGUCUUGAUUUCUUUUUUAAAUUUAAGGACUCCGUGACAAAAGUGCAACAGCUUAUUCAACAUGUCCGGCCUUAUGCUGCAGUGUCUGAUCACAUGGUGAACAGUAUUAGCCGGGAUGAGAUGACAACUUUCAUAGCUUGUUGGUAGGUUCUAUGUUUUUGCUUUUUUUUAUUUCAAGAAUAUCAGAGGGUUUCAUUUCUCAAAGGUUAGUUAGAUUAUGCUGGUUUCUGAGGCGCGUUACCGCGCGACGGCAUUCUUCCAAACCCUUGUAAUUCCGAACUCAGUUCAGGUACGAGAAGGAAGGGCGCUUUCCAUUCGACAAAAAUUGCUGUUUGAAAUCUCGGGAAUUUCAUGUGCCCAGUGGGACGGUACAUUCGGGUUGCACGGACCCGACACAAGCCAUUGCGCUUCUUGUUAUUGUACUUGCAAACAGGAUCAUACAAAUGAGUGGUAGUGGGAAAAACAAUUUUGUCAAAUGGACAGGCACAUUUUGGCAGACCAACCGACAGAAAUGACCAGACCGGUCAAUGUAGACCACCUUCAAAGGUGGUCUCAAAUAUUUAGCUUGGACCGAACCGCACUGGUUCGUUCCAUUUGAUUUCUGAUGGAAUAUUCCGGUAUUCUGGGCUGAAUGGAAAGCGCCAAAAGCGUCUAACAAGGAAGACUCGGAAGUAAGAAUUCAACGCGAGUGGUUUCAUUGAUAUGCUGGUAAGCAAAGGUUUAAAGUAAGAAAACACAAUAGACUGUCCCAAAGAGUAAUCUAUUUCUCGGGACCUUUUCACCUUUAUUCUGGUAUGGUGAGGCCACAAUACUUUUAACCUCAUUCGCAGAAUUGUCGAUAUGAGAAGGGCCUUAACAAGCUUUAGUGAAUGGUCAAUCUGUAGUACUUGAUUUUGCGAAGUCACCCAGUUGUUUGUUUCUUUUAUUUGUCUUGUGUUUUUGUUGUCAUAGGCGUCAGUUUAGAGUGGUAUCAGAUGCGUUUAUCAAGAUUGAGGGCAUUGCGGAGGUGAUCGAUGAAAUGCUACCGAAAUUUGCGUCAAAGUGGUGAGCUGUAGAAGAACCUGGUUUCAAGAGGCUAUUGUUAUCAUUGGACUUAAAAAAUGUUCAUAAGAUUUCUAGUUAGACAUUAGUAUGGUCUUAUAAAGUGUAUGAUCGAGUCAGUUGUGUUGUUUAGAGAAUCUGUGUAAAAAUUCAAUAGUGUUAAAUAAGAAAUAGCAUUUAGGUGUUUACGAUUGUCUUUGUUAUUGUAAACAUGUUUUCGCCUUUUCUCCAGCUGUAGUAUCGAGAAAGGCCUAGGUGGCUCGCUUGUCGACCUCAAAAACGAGAUAAGGAGCGAAUGUAACGAAUUCAACACUUGGAGGCUCAAAACACUAGCCGAACGAGGAAGAGACGGAAGUAAUGAGGAAUGUUUUAACAAGGAAGGUAAGUAUUUAUCAACGCAUUUGCUUCUCGUUGUAGAAAAAGGAUAAGAGUGUCAAAAUGUACUGUUUCGUUUUUCCUCCAGUUAUGGUUACAGUCGACACAUUUCUGAAAGAGCUAGACGCCGGGAACACAUCGCUUCUGUUAGGCAUUCAAAAGCUGGCAAAAAUAGCGGAAAGCAGGAGCAGUGAAAGUACGCAAGAACAAGAAACUGCAGAUUCAGGUAGACGUAACAGACACUCUAUUAAUUCCUUCUCUUCUCCUUAACCUGAUAGGAUACAUGGCUAUUCCGCGUUUCUUUCCUCUUUAAUCCAUUAGUAGCAAUUUUUUUUACACAAAAGCGGUUAAAACUGUAAACCUUUUAACAAGUUGUUCUUCUUAAACCGUGACAAAAGACGGACCGAAACACCAAUGAUACAAAGGGUGUUCAUAAUCAAUAACAUCACGACUUAACUGACAGACGACCUAACACAGCGGCUUUAUUGACCAAUCAGCCCAAUAUCCAGAGUUAAAUACCUUUAACUGACGUGCUUCAACUCACUUUGACUCUAAAGAUAACUACCUCAGGGGUUGUCGACAGGUCAGUUAUCGUCAACAACAGUCCUACUGCGUACUACGCUCACCAGGACGAUCAUAUUCCACCUAUUUAUGAGGUUGUUCUUUUCACGCCAGAUGCUGACGUUGGAAGUAUGGAACUCCUAGACGGGCACUUGACGAUGCGUCUCCAUCGUGACCUACUAGAUGAGAUAAACUGUCUUGGUUUAGAAAAAGUGACGAAAAGUAUAUCCGGUCUCAUGUCUCAGCUGAAAAACAUGGCUGAUUGCACUGGGUUGGCUUCAAAUGCACCUGAUCAGCUACCAUCCAUCAGCUUGUGUGCACAGCUUCUUGGAGCCACCAUCCCUCUUCUUCAUCAAUAUCUGAACAUAUCGCAGCAUUUUCUGGUCAAUUUGCUAGCAGCCCACCGCGUCACCAGCAAACUGUUAUCGGUACUUCUCAGCAUUUUUACCGACCUGGUCUCAAAAGGAUUCUGUCUCCCCCCGGAAAUAGAAGAAGGUGAAGGUGACGGAGCCACUGAAUUCGAGGAUGUUGAAGGGGGAGGCAUCGGGGAAGGAGAGGGGAUGAAGGACGUCAGCGAUCAAAUCGAGAGCGAAGAUCAGGUUAGUUCUUACUGUUUUCUCUUGCAUUCAUAAGAAUCGCGCUAUUACAGCCAUCCGUUGUCUCGCUGAACUUAUUUCAGAGUCUCCGACUUUAAUGUAUAUAUGUUUUUUUACUAAUUACGGUCUCGUAAAAUAGGUAGAGUUUCAUACGAUACACUUUUACUAUAACAGACGCAAAUUAUUAGAAAGAGCUCGCUAUAGUAACUACGAUUGAAAUUCAGUACCAUUUUAUCUACAAUUUUGUAAUUACGUGAAAGAAUGUGUUGCCUAAGGAUUGCAAAAAAAGGAGAAAUAGAACUCGGUUGGAUGCCUACGUUCUAGUUAUCGUGGACACACGUUACAAAAACCAAGACGAUAACAAUUUUUUUAGUUUCGGCUCUUCAUGAAUUAUUUAUUAGGCCAUUGUGUCCUUUAUUCCUUUGAAGAUCAUCUUGUAAGGCUCGUGCUGACUUCUCUUGUUUUGUCUUCUGAAUGUUUGACUUUCUUUUGCUUAAUGGGCUAUUUGCAUGAUGACGUCAUUUUCCUUCUACUAAGACUACUGCUGCUACCAAGAUGCCUCAGUGUCAAGCUUUCUUGUGCAAUUUAGGGCUUUUGUUGGUUUAAACCUCGCUGGUAUUUUGAUGCUUUCGUGCAAAUGGUCUAUUUGUUUGAUUUCUAGUCUUUGUCUUAAUGAUGCGAUUGAUAAGGCAUUUAUAUUGUUGUUCAUUAGCUCGAAGAUGCCAAACAAGAAGGACAAGAACAGGAUAAGAAAGAAGAACAACAGCAGCAAAUUCCUGACGAGGAAAACGGUAUUGAGAUGAGUGAGAACUUUGAUGGUGCCUUACAUGACGUGGAAGCAGGAGACAACGAGGAAAGUGAGAAAAGCGAUGAGGAAAACGAAGAGGAGCCUGAUGUGGAUAAACAGAUGGGAGAAGUGGAUGGACAGGAAACUGAAAAACUGGAUGAAAAAAUGUGGGGAGAUUCAGAUGAUGAGGAAGAACAAGAGGUAACGUUGUAGAAGCACUGAUCAGUGAUACUUUGAUAAAAGCGGAAUAAUUCACGAGGAGACAUUUUUUUCUUUUAUUUGAAGAGCAAAGCCAUUUCGUUGGAUUAGUUACUUGUUAAUCAUUGAGUUGCUCUAGGGCUGUUUUCUAUCUUGCCAACUUAGGCAUAGUAGUUAUUUAAAGUAAGAAAAAUAUUUAGUUGUUUGAUAAGAUAUAGUAGGCUUGUGCUGAUCAAUCAUACUUGUGAUUUCAAAAUCACGCGUAUGAUUUCAGUCUUAAUUACACUCCACUCAGUUCAAUUACCAUUAUAAAUAAGUACAGAGUAUUGUUGCCAUGGUAAUACGGUGCGUUAUUGACAGGAAAAAGAAACAAAGGAAGAAAAAGGAACUGGAGCUGAGGCUGAAUCGCAGUCACAGUUGGUCGCCAAGGAAGACAACAAAGGUAAGCCGUUUAACCUCAAAGGGAGGUCGUGUUAUCAUCCCUUCAGUAUCUCAAGAAGGGCAGUUAGAUUCCAAUGUCUCCAUUCUUUUGUCUUCUGCAACUUGUUUGAUUUUCUGUAUCUCUAUUUUCGGCUUUGACAAACCUGAAUUUACGUCUGUCGGAGUAUAAUGGAAACUUAAAGUCAAUCAUAUCGUAAAAUUGACCAACAUUUGGAGAAAAAACCUUAGUAAAGUCGGAGUCGUCAUCGUUUCAUGAACAGGAUCUACAGAUGAGAGUAAAGAGAAGGCUGAUCAGGACCCCAAUACUAAAGACGAGCAAGAAAACGACACAUCUAAUAACGCUCAAGACGAUGAAGAGGGGAAUAUGAGUGAUGAGGCGGAGCGAGACGAGGAAGGAACGGGGCAGCAAGAACAACAAGCAAUGCACGAUAUGGAGGAGGAGUCUGCUAACCUUGAUCUUCCAGAUGAUUUGCAGCUUGAUGAAGAGGGAAACGAACGUAGUGACGGUGAGUAAUGCAUAAUAAAUCUUUUCUUUUUUUUCAUUUCUAUUCGGUUUCUGUAUUAGUAAAGUGUUUUCGAAAAGAGAAGGCGUAAUUCUUCCUAUUUUUGCACAUACUAUAUUAGUUGACAACCUUUUUUCAUCUAUGAAGGACAACCCGGGGAAAUGGAAACAAGUGAUUUCGAAGGAGAAGAAGGGGAUGCGACAGAACCUGAGGAUGAAUCCAUUGAACAAGGUGACGAGGAAAUGAAUGAAAAAGGAGAACAGGAUGAGACAAAGAUGGAGGAUGAAGAGAACAUUGACGGAAAAGAUAAACAAGAAGAUGGAGAGAAUUCUAAGGUUGGUAGACUGCCGUUAAACGUUCUCAAAGAAACAUCAGUAAGGACGAGUAUUCGAACGCUGAAGCUCAUAACGUUGGGAACAUCUUACUGGUUGGCAUUAAGACUACACUCAAACUUUGCGGUGUUGAAGGCCUGGUUAGUUUUUCCACUCGCUUGUAUCAAAGCAAUUGGAUAUUGUAAGGAUCUAGAAGAGUAGCUGGCCUUUUGAGAUGUUGUGAGCUAUUUGAAGUAUCUUGAAGAUAGUGCUAAUCAUGAUGAAAGGUGAAAGGGAAGGGAAAAGACAGACGUGUCUUUGGUACUUCUAAUUCUUACGAUGAGUGAUAUUUUUCUUAGGAUGAAGAAGCUAAUGUUGAAGAUGAUGAAGAUGACUGGAGAACGAAGGCGGAUACUAAGGUCAGAUUUACGAAUAACAAUUCCUCGAACGACCCUCGGUUUGUGGUUUUUAAACCUGCCUUGCCUGAUGAUAGCCUAACGUUCAUUAUACUUUUCUGCCACAUCAGUUCUUAGACCAUACCUUUUAUUCUCCUUGGCUUUCUUUGAAAAUUUCUUCCUCAAUUUUUCUCGGCAAAGAAGGAAUAAAUUGUCAUAUUAAAGUUAUUGUCAUAUUAAGUUAUUGUCAUAUAAAGUUAUUGUCAUAUUAAAGCUAUUAAAGUUUCCUUUCCGUUAUUGGUGUUGGUAUACCGCCACAACCUUAUGAAUUGGAUCCGGUUAGAUUAGAAGGGAGAUGAUAACAAUAUUUGAACACGCGUCGUAAACACGUGACACUUCUGUUUUAUUCCAGAGCCAGCCUCAGGAUAAUGUUCAGGCCGUGGAGGAUUCUGGGGAAGGUGAUGGUAGUGGGGAACAAACAGAUAUCACCGCUGGCCAGUCUGAAUCGACAGACGGUAAUGAAGAUCGAGGAGUGGGACGAGCUGAAGCAGCUAAUGAUGAAGGGCAUCAUGGGGAGUCAAGCGCAGUACAAGCUAGUGCAGACACCAGUCAUUUUAUUUUGAAUUGUCACAGUCACGUCAGAGAAAGCAAAUGAACCGUGCUCGGUCCGACAGAAGACUGGGCUCCAUGGAUGAAACUACUCACAAGAGACUCAAGACUGUCGAUACAACACAGCAAGAGACUGGAACUGAGGUGGCAUAUUGAUUCUGAGAAAAAACGGAUCAUUGUACGUGCCUGGGAAACUGCCCACCUACCCCUCCCCUAAGUCAACAUUUUGCCCUAAGUGAGAAGUAUCUAUUUAUGUUGGCUUAGGGGAGGGGUAGGUGGGCAGUUUCCCAGAAACGUAUAAUUAUCCGGUAUUGACCACUCCAGAGUAUACCGUAACAUACCAUAAUACUCUUUCUUGGACACUCCAAAAUUUUGCAGAAGCAUUGUCUUCAGUUUCGCUUGGGAGUUAAAAUGGCCCUAAGAGAAACUGGAAACAAUGCUUACGUUAAAAAUUUUGGGGUGACAAUCAAAGAGCAUUAUGGGAUGUUAUGGCGUUUUCUGGAGUGGUCAAUUGUCGUUAAGUGUAAAAACAAGUUUCAAAGAAUUUACAGCGAUUUACUUUAUGAAUAUAACUUGAAAACGAUGUUGGUGAUCAUCUCUCAAUGUACUUUCCGUUUUGUUAUCAUAUGUUAUUAGUGGUAUAUUCUUACAUUUUGAAUUUAGCCCGAGGAAUUACUCCCUUAUAUUUGCCUUACUGGUAUGUGCCGCCCCAAAGGGUGUGUUUUUUUGCGCCGUUUUGGUCUGAAUUCGGGUAUGGUAAUUUCUGCCAGGUCUGAAAACGGGUAUGGAUUUUAGAGGUCUGGUCUGAAAAAGGCAGUGGAAAAUGACACCUUUUGGUCUGAAAUAGGGUCAGGAUUUGGAGAAGCGGGCUGCACACCCCUACCAGGAAUUCUCAGGAGUACCCCCUCCCGGGGAAUUUAAGAGGCAAUUGGGCUCUAAUCUACGUAAGAUUUUAUAAUGUCGUGUACCAGAACGACUAUUAUUUAGAAACUUGGUGAGAACCAAGAAAGAAAAUUUUGCAAAAGUUAUAUGCACGUGUAUUAUUGUCGAGCGACUGUCGAGCAUAACGACUUUCUUCAGAAGGUGCGUCUGCGAAUUUCACUGUAAAGAAAAGAUUAGAUAACGCUGCUUACUUAACUUCAUUUCGCGUUUUUUGUAUUCCAUUUUUGAAUUUUCACUCCCUCUUUCCUCGAUCAUUCAGUUGUACUCGGCCGCAAUUUGUGUAUAUUUUUUGUUCGCAGACGAACGAGACAAGAAGCCAAGAUCUGUUUCAGCACAUGCAGAGUGAUGAUUCAUCUAUCCACGAUGCGCAGACGCUUGACAGUGCAACCGCUGAUCAAGCGAAAGAACAAGAGAAAGCAAACUUCCCUGAUACGUAUAGUGAUACCGAAGAUGAUGAUACUGAAAUGAAAACAGCGCUGUUCGAUGAUAAAGAGGAACUCCCUGUAAGUGUUUUUUUUUUUCCAUCCUCGGUUUGUGUUUGUGUAUUUUUUUUUUGUCUGAACAGCUUAUCGUUUGUGUCACGUCAGGUACUUGUUUUUGCUACUUCUUAUUAAUUGUUGUGUUUUGAUCGCUCACUCAUGGUCUUCAUAUGGUGAUGUUAUCGAUUAACUCUUGGCGUUCAUUAGUACCACCUUGGUUGUAAGUGAUUGGUGUAUUUCGAUCUUGAAUGUAGUUGCUAAUGGCUGGUGGACUUCGAUCCCCAUUUUUCAUGCACUAUCAGUCACUUUACGUCUAAUUACCCCGCACAAGACCAUAUAGACCAGAAAUAUCGCGGCCAAUAUCAAAGUGACUGAAAUGGAACAAACGAUAAACUUAGCUGUUUAUCUAAAACGCGGUAGAUAACACCUCUUAUUAUGUUUAUUCAGACAUUGGUGGCCUUCAAUAACGUCUGUUAUAAAGUUUAACACAUUGUUUAUAAUCGCUACGCGUUACAGAGAUUACAACCUAGUUCUGAUUGCCAAUUCUUUCCAAAUACUGAAGGCACCAGACAAUCCCCAGCAGACCAUGUUACCGCCUCCAAAUAAACCAAAGAUGGAUGCGGUGGGGGACGAAGAUGAACAGGAAGUAGCAGAUACGGUGACCAAAGAAGAAGACAUGCAAACUAUUGAAGGUGGAGAAAUAUCCACUGAACUCUUGCAGAGUACUUUUCAUUCCUCAGAAGUGGCGCUGGCUUUUGAGAGACUGGUAAGAUAAUCUAACUGAACUUAAACUAGAUAAAAAGUGAAAAGCUGUCCUUUUAAAAUUCAAAGAAAAAGAUCGCUCGCUUAAUUUUCUUAAAAGACAAAUAGUACCUUGCAGUAGUACUUACGAAGAGAUUUCAUUUUACUCUCGGUUAUUGCUUAAUCGUAUCACCAUAAUUAACUUUAUAUUUGUCUUAACUGCACCUUAAAAAGAAAUUUCGUUAAUGACUCAUUAGAACCAACUUACAUAACCAAAUAUGCAAACGAAAUAGACCCUUUCAGUUGGUUUUGUUUCUUUUUUUUCUCAAAUUUCAGCCUAUGUAGAAUUCCUCCCAGCCUACUGUUUCUUUCAAAUGUAUGGAUAACUUACGAAAAGACAAAAGGCAAAUUUUACUGGAAACGUCAAGUGGUCUUAGUUGGGAAAACAAAACAUAGGAGCUAAAAAAGUUUUUGAAAGGCACUGCCAAAUGCAGAAACACUGAAGGAUUUCAUCUAGUUAAUAAAAAUUGGGGACCAGCUUAUACAAUUCAAUCACGCUUUCCCUUUUUCCUUUUAAAAUUUCGUUAACGGACUCAAUUUUUAAGUCCGUUACAUGCAACACAGAUAUCAGUACUAGAGCAAAAUAAACGGCGUCAGACCAAGUAACUUUAAUCUCGUAUUGUGUUAAAGUAAAUGCUUUUUUUGUUUGUUUUUAUUUAUUUUUUUCGUUUGAUGCCUAGCAGCUUUCAUAUGAAGUAUUUCUACGCGGAAAAUAGACCAAAUACCGGCGUCAACUGUUGAAUGUGUUGCUCGGAAUACUGCUCAGUCAUUUUCUCUCUUUUGAAGGGUAUAUCGUCAUUGGACCCUGAAAAGCUGAGAUUGGAUCUCGAACAUCAGUUGGCUGAGUGGACCAGCCUUGAACGAGGUACGACGGAGGAGCAACGCAUCGCUCAAGAGACCUGGCGAAAAUACGAACUGCUCACCUUCAGUCUCUCUCAGGAGCUCUGUGAGCAGCUGAGACUGGUACUAGAACCAUCAUUGGCUACAAAACUUAAGUAAGUUAGUUAUAUAUUUGAAUAUAUUUAUAACCGUUUGUCGUUUGAACAGCCUAAUUCCGCUUAUCACAUUUUUUUCGUAUUCUUUAAUAAUGUGGAGAAGACGCUUAAUGAAGUGGCUAAAACGUGAACUACGAUCUAAAAGCCAGAGUCAUUGCCGGACCUUUGGCAGAUGUUUAACUUACAUAGUAUAAACAUUAAAUCGAAUUAAACAGCAAACUGAUCCUUUCGGCAAGGGAACACCACAAAAAGUCGGUAAAAGCUGCGUGGAAAUUCGCAAUAUUCUAAACCUUAGACCACUACAGUUUUUUCACUCAGCUUUUGACUAAUUUUUUAGGAAAAAUGUAUAUCUACAAGUUAGAGAACCAUAAUGUACCCGGCGUGUAAUGAGACUGCAUCUACCCUUUGUGAAAGUUCAUUUUUUGGGGAUGGGGUGCUUCGCAUUCUUUUCGGGGUGCGUGUUUACUGGUAGUAAUGGUGGGGGCUGAAAAGCAGCGAGCAGUCCCGAGGUGACGUUGUUUAGUGGUAUCUUCUUAGUACUUGGGAAGGUAUUCUUUAUCACGUUUCUAUAUAGUACAUUGUUAGUUUACAACAGAAUUUUGAACCUGCUCAUUCCAGAGGUGAUUAUCGAUCAGGGAAGAGGUUGAACAUGAGGAAAGUGAUUCCAUACAUUGCCAGUCAGUUCCGCAAGGACAAGAUCUGGCUGAGGAGGACUAAGCCGAGUAAGAGGCAGUACCAGAUCAUGCUAGCUGUGGACGACUCCUCUAGCAUGAAUGAUAAUCACUCCAAACAGGUAACGCGUAAUUUAUCACGUUUCAUCUAGGUACGUUGGUAUGCUUAAGAGAGAACGCAACUUGACAACUUUACAGGGAAAUUCUACUAACAGUUUCAGAGUUGUAAUGAUUAUGACGCGACACUUCAAGCAACUACUUCACGAAAGAAAGAAAAUCACCCUAACAAGAGAACUGUUCUAGGACAUAUUUUGAGGUGAAUACUCACCACUCGUCUAUUACAAAAUGUUAAAGAUGUCGAAAACUAUUUAUAGUCAGUCUUGAAAUAUGUUGUUUGAAUUUCUCUAUUUGUGUUGUUCAGUUGUUUUUCAUAUGUUUUAUAUUUCAUUCCGUGAUUUUAGCUGGCGUUUGAGUCUUUAGCAGUGAUCAGUAAUGCACUAACAAGACUGGAGGCUGGAGAUCUCGGUGUGUGCAGGUGAGUGCAAAAUUAACUUUGUUAUAUUUGUUGCAUUGGGGGAGUGCAGUUUUGGCUGUUUGCUUCAGCAAAAGGAAUGCGUAAAGCUUAAUUUUAUUUCGCUUCACUAUUCAAAAACGAACGAAACGUAUCUAAAAUUGACGAAAACAAAUACAUGAAAAUAAGUAAUUUUGGUUACCAGAAAUUUGUAUUACAGGACAUGCUGUUUUACGUUCCCUACUUAUGACAGGGACGCCGUUUCUACGUUGUUCUCCGAUCUGCGCGGUGAUCAAGUCGUUUAUAGAAGAAUGGCAAUAUCUAUGACCUCAGUUGGGUGGGAUCAAGCCCUCUGGAGAUCAGCGCAACAAAGUCUCCUUAUUAUCGUUAUAAAAUAUUAAGGGGGAAAAGUAGGGAGAACGUAAGUGUAGAUAACAUGGCUGGCAUGAACCAAACGCCACAAUGGGCAAUUGUCCAUCUUCGUCAUCGAAAAAUAGUUCUCCCCUCGCUUGUUCUGACGUAACCGUUAAUUUAGUGCCGUGCUGAGUUUGUUCUUGUUUUUUUUGUUUUUUUUUGCCUUUGCAGCUUUGGAGAAACUGUCCGCCUCUUGCACCCAUUCCACGAGCCAUUUACUGACCAGUCAGGGGCGAAAAUUUUGCAGCAGUUCACUUUUGAUCAAAAGAAAACCAAAAUAGCCCAAGUAAGUAAUUUUUCUGAUUGCUUUCGUUUCCUACUGCUACCGUAUGGGACUGGUCGAAGAAUUUCCGCUAUAGUUAAAUUUUCCCUCAAAAUAACAAUGGCUCUCUCACUGUUUAGCUCCUAGAUACUUGUACCAGUCUUAUGGUUUCGGCUCAUUCACGGUUACAAGUGUCCCCCCGGAUGAGAAGAGACACCUCCCAGCUUUUGCUUAUUGUGUCCGAUGGAAGAGGUAUAUUUCUGGAGGGGAUGGAGGUUAGUAAUACUUUCGACUCGUCUUUGUGUGUAAAUUUACUGAAUCUUGGUUUGGAUUCCGUUUACGCGGGGCUCUCGCGGGCGCGAAGCGCGCGCAGUGCAGCAUCAUGGGUAAGAAAUUCUGGUUGUCUAUACGUCCAAAAAAUUUUGGUUCUGACAAAAUCGUCCGUACGUACAUGCGUCCACUCCUUCAUGUAAGCUGGGGUAAAAUUUUGCAUUUCAAGUACCCCGCGCGUUUGAGCGGUUUAUACUACUACAUGAGAAAUUUCUGCAAUUUGAUUGGCUUAGAGCAGUGGCAUUUCAGCUUAACUUGAAAUACCUACAUGUGAAAAUUACAAACAUUUUGCGGGUAGUAGUAUAAACAAAUAAUAACAGGAUUUGUACGUGAUAUUUGGCAUAAACACCACUCAUGAUAUUUCAAAAUUGUCUCAAAUUUCACUCGCCUAACGGCUCGUGAAAUUACGUGUAACAAUUUCCAAA